CGUACCUUUGGCGCAUGCACUUGUCGCACUUUAGUGACGUCAAACUAAUUUCCUAACACCCGCAGGUUGUGUUGUUACAGCGAAGCUUGCUGAUUUAGCCAGAAUAGUUUGUUUCUUUUAGUGCAGGAAUUUGCCACAUGGGUUCAACGAAGGACACAAUUUAAAGAAGAAAUUCCAGCGCCACGUCUAAAGGCUACGCUGCCCGCUUGACGACGCUUUACUUCAUCGUGUGUCCUUUGUGACGUAGAAGUGACGGCGUCGAGUGCUAGCAAUAAAACACGUGAAGGUAACAUGGCAACCGGCGGCGCUCCGUUCGAUGACAGUGCCGACGAGCUGCACAACUGGAGCGUCACCAACGCCAGCCUGGACGACAGACUCAACAACAGGGCCUGGGGUGGCGCGCAGCAGAAGAAAGCCAAUCGCUCGGCAGAGAAGAACAAAAAGAAACUGUCGGCCGCCGCGGUCGCCGAAAGCCGCCUGACCAACGACAUCUCGCCCAGUUCCACCCCUUGGAGCGGGCGCCGCAGGCAGCCGCCCGUCAAAUUCACCAGCCAGCGCUCCGUCCCGGACCAGGCGGAGCUGGAUAAGAUCCAUCAGAGGAUCAACUUCUCGGAUUUGGAUGAGAGCAUCGGAAGCGACUCCCAAGGCCGCGUCACGGCCGCCAACAACCAGCGGCAGCUAGCGGCGGGGAACAAGAAACCCUACAACUUUCUCUCGCUGCACGUCAACACCAACAAGAGCAAGGAGCCGCCGCUCCUCCCGCCCUCUGCCCCUUCCACGCCCACUGUCGCUAAGGAAACCAAGAAACAGAGCCCGGCGGCGAGGGAGGCUUUUGCUCACGGAGCCACACCUAAGGAAACCAGGCCGGCGCGCGGCGCCACUGCCGACAGGGGCCCGGCGGAAGCGUGCGCGGAUGCCGAGGGAGGAGAUGCUAACGUCGUCUGCAGCCUGCUGGUGAGCAAGCUGGUGCAGAUCCGCGAGUACAUCGGCAAGGCCAGCUCCAUGCGCGACGACCUGCUGGAGAAGAACGAUGUGCCGGCCAACGUGGAGCGCCUCUCCCAUCUCAUCGAGCACCUCAAGGAGCAGGAGAAGUCCUACCUGCGCUUCCUGCAGAAAAUGCUGGCUCGGGAGAACGAAGAUGACGACGCGAGGACUCAAGAUUCCGCCGUGGGGUCCGGCUCCUUGGUGGAAAGCACCUCGCUGAACGUCGACGUGAGGUCUUCGGACACGUCCAUUGCACCGAGCGGCUGGCCCGACGCGUCCGCUCGAGAGCCCAAGGAAGAACUGGAGAACUUCCGUAAGCAGCACGAGCUGAUGAAGAAGAUGCUGGAGCAGCAAGACCAGCUCAGGGCACUGCAGGGUCGCCAGGAGGCGCUGCUGGCCAUGCAGCAGAGCGCCGAGCAAGCGCUAGCCGUUAUAGACGACGUGGCCGCCAUUCCGGAAAGCACGGCCAGCGUGUCCGGCGUGAGCAUCACGUCGGAGCUCAACGACGAGCUCAAUGAUUUAAUCCAGCGUUUCCACAACCAGCUAAGGGACUCUCGGAGCAAAUCGGUGCCGGACAACCGUCGUCAGGCGGAGAGCCUCUCCCUCUCCAGAGAAGUGAGUUGGUCCUGGCCCCCUCGAGCGUUGGGCCCGCCUCCGCGCCGCCCCGUGCUUCACGCGGCGUCCGGCCCCCAAGGCGGUCUGGACGGCGGGGCCGCCGGCGCCAAACUCACCAAGCUGCAGGUGCUCCAAGACAACAAGGAAACCAUGGACAAGAUCCUACACGAGCUGCACUCUCUCAGAGACCAGACGCUCAACAACAACUAUAGUGGAACUUUGUCGACGCAGCAGAGUUUGAGCACAGGCGGUUCUUCCGAUUGUCGGUCAAACGGAGCCGCGGCCGCCGCUUCCUUUCAUCCUUUGCUCCCACAGCAAGCAGACAGUGCCAACUCCACAGACAAACUCAGAAAGCUGAAGGAAGUCCACAAGCGGCUGAACGAGCUCCGGGAAUUGGUGCAGUACUUUCAGCAGACGUCCGACAUGAUGGUGGACGCCGUGAACGAAAACGUGAAGGAGGAUGAAGAAGAGGAGGAGGAGGAGGAGGAGGAGGAGGAGGAAGAGACGGAGGACGGCUCCAUGCUCGAGGCCAUGUUUGACUCGGAGCAGGAGAAUCGACAGCCGCCCACUAACAUCAGGAAUCCACAGCGCAGCGAAAACUGGGGCAACGUGAACCGCCGCCGCGUGUCGGGCAGCCCCGCCGCGAACGCGGACAAUCGCGACGGCAGACUCAACACGGAGAUCAACAACCGGACCGCGGCCAACCUGCGCAGCUUCAACCUGCCCUCGGCCAUUGAGUGCCAGUACAACAGGGACGCGGCCUACAAUUGGCUCAAGGACGAAGAGGGUCUCAAUAACGACAGCAGAGAACGCGGGGCCACUCGCCCCGCGGGGCCACAUGACGACGCGUCAUGUUCCGGCGGCGGCGUGGGCUUUACCCAAGAGGUUCACCAGCAAAAAGCCAAGCAGAAGCUUCGGCAGCUGCAGGAGCUUGUCGCUAUGGUGCAGAGCGACGACACGGACACCACCGCGGCCAAUGAGGAGGAAGCUCUGCACCAACAGCAGAACAACGCUCGAGUCGGCGCGGCCGCCGCCCCCAAACCGGAUCCCCGGGGAUCGGAUGUCGCUCUGUACGGCAAGGCCAGGGAAAAGAUGUACAAAGAGAAGCUUCGCCAGCAGAAGCAGACGCUGAAGCAGCUCCACGAGGAGCGGCAGAUGCUGGGGCAGAUCCAGGGCAAGAUACAAGACCUCCAGUUGACGUGCCCCGACCUGCAGUCUUCGCUGUCCAGCCAAGUAAGCGAGCUGAGUUUAGUGUGGGAGGUCCCGGCGGCGACGUCCACGCCGGCCGUCCCUCAACCUCCUCCUUCAUUUGUGACUGCAAAAAGCAACCCGGCCGCGCUCAAGAGCACCGCUGCGGAAGCUGCCGCUACUUCCGUCCCGGAUAAUGAGCUCUGGUCCGAGAUGCGUCGCCACCAGAUGGCGCGGGACGAGCUGCGCCAGCGCCGCAAGCACCUCGAGUCGCUGAUGGCUGAAAGUCAGAGGCGCUGCGACCUCGCCGACUCCCCGUGCGGGACUGACGAGCGGGCGGGUCCUUCGCUGCCGGCCGCUAGUCGGGAUGAAAGGACCGUGGCCACCUGGGGCUCCAGUCCCUGCAACCUGGACGAGGACUAUCUCACCGAACGUAGCGCGGAGGAAGAGGACAGCUCGGGGAGCAGUUCGGCCAACGACGAUCGCUUCUUCCCCUCCGGCAGGACUCAGCCCGUUUACACAAAGAGGAAGAACCAAGAAUGCAACGUGAAGCCUCCGGCAGCUUUUUCCUCCGAUUCUCCUCGCCCCGAGCCUUUGAGCAAUCAGCCCCCGCCGCCGCCCAGAAGUUCCAACCGGCCGUCGACGGCGAGGCGCCAGGAGAACCUCUGCUGGGCUUCCGAGCUGUCGGCGGCCGAGGGCUUCACCCACUGGCAGGAGCAGAUGGGCCAGCUGCAAAGACAGCUGGACUUCAGCAACUACAUGUGUCAGACGCUGCUGCAAGACCAGCAGAUGCUGUCGUGCAUGCUGCAACGCUUGAUGAGCGGCUCGUACAGCGUGUUGCCCAACAACCUGACGUCCCCGCAGGUCCACCUGGUCAUGCACCAGCUCAACCAGUGUCACACGCAGCUCGCGUGGCAACAAACCAAUGUAGAAAGACUGAAACAGGUGCUAAAUGAACUCGUACAACAGCAGAAUCUGCAACAAAAACAACAGCCGUCAUCUUCAUCUCAAGGAUUUAGCCUCUUUCCGCUCUUCCCUCCAACCCUGGGCGAGUUCCCUCAGGGUGCAUCGAGUGGGUCCGUGGGUCCGGACCAGCAGAAGCAGCACUUGAACCCCAACGCCUCAAUCAAAACCGAAUACAUGAGUUUCCCUCCUCCCCUCCAGCGCUCACCUCUUAACGUCACUGCUGACAGACGAGACACGAGCUGGCCCGACGUCACCUUCCCGAGCAACACCGCCCCGCAGAGACGCCGCAGCCCUCCGGCCGAGUGCGAGCGGACCUCGGAGGCCAGUUACAGCAGCAUUCCCGACUGCGCCGAUCCCGCCACGGUCACCAAAACCUUUAAGAGCGGUCGCAAGGCCUCCGCCCAGGCAAACUUGGCUUCCCGCAGCAAGAACCGGCGCAAGAGGGGCAAAGGGCCGAACAAAAACAACGAAGGCGUGGAGACCGACAGCCUGAGCAGCACCGCCGACUUGAACCAAGGGAGGGCGGCGGCGUCUCGUCACAAGGAUCAGCACCUUUUGGACAAACUCACUCAAGAGAAACUGGACAGCAAGAACAAGUUUGGCGACAAACCCAACGACAUCUCCUCCGCGUAUGCUUGGAGAACACCCUUCCUCUCUAACCGAAUUGCAUGCACGGAAGCACAAGACGCCAGCAGCGAAUUCUCCCUGUUUGAGGCGCUGCGCGAGACCAUCUACUCCGAGGUGGCCACGUUGAUCUCCCAAAACGAGUCUCGGCCUCACUUCCUCAUCGAGCUCUUCCACGAGCUGCAGUUGCUCAACACCGACUACCUGAGGCAGAGGGCGCUCUAUUCCCUGCAGGACUUGGUGAGCAGGCACCUGGCGGAGAAGAGCGCCUCCCAGGAGAUGCCCCCCAUGGGAGUGGCGUCUUGGGCCGGGGGCUCGCAGUCGGAGCUCACGCCCAGCGAGAGCUCCACCGUCAGCGAAACCGAAGUGGUGGUAGAGAAGAACAUGAAGAAGAGAGACGACUUGGAGUCUGGGGGUCACGACAGCACUUUGUCUUCCUCUAACGUGGAUCCCUUUUCCAAGGAUGAUCUGGGCAACACCGUGAUCCACUUGGACAAGGCUUUCGUCAGGAUGCGUCAAUACGAACGCAUGAAGCAGAGGGACUCGGACCUCGACAACGCGGAAGCGUCUGCCGCCGAUCCAGAAGACGCGGGCGGAGGGGCCUCUGCACCCGUGCACUGUCCUCAGAUCGACACCCUGCAGCUCAACCAGCACAUUAAGGAUAUCAUGACGGAGGUCAUUCCCUUCCUCAAGGAGAACAUGGACGAGGUGUGCACGCCGCAGCUGCUGGCGUCUUUGCGCCGCAAGGUCUUGGCGCUGACGCAGCAGAACGACGAGAGCAAAGAAUUUGUGCGAUUCUUCCACCGGCAGCUCGGCGGCAUCCUGCAGGAUUCCCUUAAUAUGUUUGCGGGCCAAACCCUGAACGAGUGCGGCGAAGAUCUCCUGGUGGAGGUGUCGGACAUCCUCUUCAACGAACUGGCCUUCUUCCGGCUCAUGCGGGAUUUGGACCACGGUGUCGCCGGCCAGAAAAGUCAUCGUGGCGCUUUGAAGAACGGAACGGCGGAGGAGGUUAGCCCGUCGGCGGCGUCUCGGGAUGAAAAUAAGGAAGAAGAUGACCUCACCGAGCAGGCCGCGGCAUCCUCUCCGCCGUCGAACGAUAUGAAAAGCGGAGAUGAGGAAAACUUUGGGCCAUUGUCGCUUUCCAUCAGGCUUUCAGAGUCCGAGAGCCGAGCCCUCGACAACUACGGCAGCGGCGAGGACGAAAACGAGGAGGAGGAGCGGGAGCCGGACGGCUUCCGGGCCGGGCCCGCCGACGUCCAGACUUCUUUGCAGGCGGCGGCGGAAGCUCCGCCGCCGUGUGACCGAGAGGAACAAUUGGACAACGAAAGCCAAGAAAAGCAUCUGAAUCCGGGCGACGACGAUAACGAAAAGAGCAGCGAGAGGUCCGUCACGCCUCCGGCCGAAGACCGACCCGCCGAGGCGGCGGACCCCGACCCGGAGGAGACCUCGGCGGGCGGCCCUCCGCCGGAAAGCGGCGGCGGCUCCGAAAUUCCCGCCUUCCCGAAAGACUCGGACGCCGCCGGCACUCCCGACACGGAAUCCCCCGUCAUGAUCAACGUGGACGAAGCGGCGUCCGGCAGCAGCGGCCACAGGACGUCGGACGAAGACGACUUUGUGCGCGUGGACGAGCCUCCCGCCCAGCUCGCCGUCACCUGCCAGGAGGAGCUUCAGAGGAGGAUCCGGGACGAGCGGUGCGCCAACGACCUACGUGUGGAAAUCCUCCACGAUCAGGCGCAAACGCCAAUGGACCUGGUGGGAAAUGAUCAGCAUCUCAAGGAGCCAGAAUGUGCCGACUGAGUCAAGUGCGAGCAUCAGGAUUGUUUUAACAUGUUGUCAACUUUCUCAUUAAAGGUUUUUAGGGUUUAGCCUGUUACUUGUUAGUGUCUUAUGUUAGAUGUGAAUUGGAAAGAUUUGUAUUGUUCUACAAACUGACGUUAUGACUGUUACCUUUGCAUUAAAAGGGCAGCUGUUAUUCCCUCACCUCAAAUACAUGUAUGGUGUUUUUUCCCCCCACUGCUUGAAACACUCUGGAAGAAACAAUCAUGAGUACCAGUACUCUUUUAUUAGUCAUUGGAAAAAUAAGCAGUAUGUAUUAUUUGUGAAAUGUUUGACAUUGCACAACCCUUUACAUCCCAUAACAUUCAUUAGCAAAAUAUCCUAUUAAAACGCCAUUGACGACGAUAGGCAUCUAAUCGUGCGGCUCUGAAGUUGAGCGCACAAGUAGACGUCCAACCCAGCACUCCCUUCAAAUGGAUCGGACGAGGCAGGCAACAAGUAGAUUAAUCUAAAGACUCACAAAGAAGCAGCUGCGCUUGCUGGUCACAACAGGUCAUUUUUGUUGAAAGCGAGCCAUGUGUUCAACUCAAAAUCAAAGUCUUGGGAUCAGUUGACUGUUUCUACUGGAUUGUGGAAAGGUGAGAAACGCUUCACCAGGGCAUGCAAGGGCUGGGGCAGUCGCGGAUGUACGACUCCAGCGUGCCCGACGACACUUGCAUCAACGUGGUGUACGUCGUCAGCUGUCGGCGAGAAAGAUGUCAAUUCAGGAGCGUGUGUUAGAAAAAAAAAAAAAAAAAGACAAAACUACUCACCUUGUUGAGUACGGGCUUUGUGGACAGCACGUCGUAUAUCGUCUUCAUGGAUAUUUUCUAAAAUAAAAAUCACUUAUUUGAUAUAGCAUGGAAAUAUAUUUUUGAAAGGAGUUUUGACACUUUGCAACGAUUGGUUGUCACUCACGGCCUGCGAAGUGGCGUUCAUGCACUUGACGGCGGGCGUGCGUCGAUCGUCCAGGAAGAGCGGCUCCUUCCAGUGGUCGUAGUUGGUCUCCAGGACGAACCAGCGGCCCAGCUUCAGAUCGAUCCUUCCAUUUAAAAUCGGGUGAUAAAAGGAUUCAAGUUGUGUCGAGAGAGUCCUAAUUAUGACAUGACACUAGGCAUGUGCCGUGGCAGGUUUACCGUGGUUUCAAAACCACUAAAAUUUUGCGUACAGUAUUAGCUGUUUUUUAAUGUCCCAAAUGGAGCGGGAGUGCUCACCUCUCCCUCCUCUGGUUGUUGCUAUGUCCUUCAGUGACAAUACUCCGUGCCAAAGAGUAAAGUUGACAAAAUGGCUGAAGGUGGUGAGCUGUUUUCCCGUCAUAAAAUCGCUGUAUGGGAGUAUUUUGAUUACAGCACGAGGAGGAAGGACAUUCACCGUCAAGACUUGCUUGCGGAGGGUGUCUGCAAGUGUGUGUGUGUGUGGGGGGGCUACACCUCAAACUUGAUUUCACAUUUACGUGACCAUCAUCAGUCACUUUAUACAAAAUUGAAGUAAACGCUGUCAUUUACGUUUCCCACCAGCUACGAGAGUAUUUAGUGUGUCUAGCGACAGUAAAAUACUAUGACGUCACAUAAUAGUCACAUAAAUAAGCUUGUUAACGAGGCAGAGAACGUGGCUGGUUAGCAUGCCAAGACAGCUAACCGGGUUCCUCUUGAAAGACACGGUAGCUUUUCUCGUAGGCGCCGUCUGUUUGCAUUAUUCUAACACUUAAUAUAAUCAGUCAGGGAAUAGUAUUAUUUCUCGUAUUUACCAAUCCACUGUAUUAGUCUAACACACCCAAUAUAAAAUAAAUAGCACUUAUACCAUAGUUUAAGGAAAACAAGCAGAAUAUAGGACAUAAGAGACACAUGACGCCUUCUUAUCACGGAAGCCCAACGUGUGCGCCAUGCAACUGACUGAGCAAGAUUGACACUGACAAGCCCACUUCUGCACCACCAACUCUCGAAAUCAGUUCUCCCGGACAGUCCAGAACAAAUGGCAGGAUGACAUGUCCCAACAAGGAACACCGGAGAACACCCGAUAUCGCGACUGACAAGACUCCAAGAGCCCCUUUGACGCUGAGGUGGCAAAAUCCACAACCCUCGUUGCCAUGACAACGGUAACUCCCGAAUCCUGUCCUAUCCACAAACAGACAAUAAUCUCAACGCCCAAACACAUCGUUCCUUCCUCUGUCCACAGCCCGCUGCGCGAGAGCCUUCAAAAAGAAUGUUUAACUAAUCGUUGUCAUUUUUUCCUCAGGUACCUUUUGUUGACUUGUGAUAUGGUGACCUUGGAUCCUCGCUUGGGUCCCUCGGUGUUGUAUGAUUGCUGUCGACCUGAAUAAAUUGUCAACUUGUGCUUCGAAGCCUUUUUCCAGCGUUCAAAAUGGACUCAGUACAAGGGGUUAAGACGGAGGUAAACGCGCAGAGUUUGGCCUUUUGGCCGGGUUGUUGGAAUGCGCCAGCACGGUUCCGGCAAUCUGGCUAAAAGAUCAGAUUCCUUCACGAUAAAAAAGCUACCUCUGGAUCAGGUCGGCUCUUUUUCCAGUCUUUCUCAGCCCUCAACACUCAAGCAAUCUCUUUAACUGAACAUUUGUAUGUUCUUCCACAUUUUUACCAGUAAAUUUGGCACUUGGGAUAUAAUUUUCGGACAGAAUUGGUAGGUUUAGCUCAGUAAACAUCUUGUUCGUACACUAGUAGUAUGAUUUAGAGUUUGACCCGCCUAGCAACAGUUGCUAACGUCAUGAAUAUAAAUGAGCAAAGGUGACGUAU